AUGGCGCCUACUCCCAAUUCUGGCGAGGUAUGUCUGCAUUUCUUCGUCGCCCUGGUCGCCUUCCCCUGUCCCCAAACCCCCUGUCCUCACACCGCAUUGCUGUUGCAGGAAGAACACGCCGAUGAUGACUACGACGAUUACCACGAUUGCGACGAGAACGAUGAAUACGAUGAGGAAUAUGUGUACCACCAUGACGGGCGGCCUUCUGAGGACUUCUCGCGACUCGAACAGUUGCCCCCAGAGAUCAUUUACUGCAUUGCGUCUUAUCUCCCCGCUGCAGACCUUGCCUGCCUCGGUGCCACCUCCAGCAUUCUGGCCGAUUAUGCAAUGGAUGACUUGUUAUGGGCUGCCCUGGUGAAUGAGAGACUGCCUUCUCACCUCAACGAUCCAGGCCCAUUCGGCUCAUUUCGUCGCCUCUAUCUCGCCUAUCACCCCUGCUGGUUCCUCCCGCAGUACAAAAUCUGGUUUGCAGACAUUGAACCCACGGGCUUACUGGUCAUCGCCAGAUAUAACCCUCGCCGGGGUGUUAUCGAGGCGCGUAAGCUCGUUGCAGACCGUACAUCUUCCACUUUUCAAGUCUGGGAGUCGAAUCCAGAUGUCAUGAUUCAGACUUUUCAUCCGCGUGUCCAUUUGUAUUAUAAGGAGGAGCCAGUUAUGCUUCUCGAAGACCCGCUUGUCGAAGACCGGCGUGUCGCAGCUCCUGGGGAGCUAGCCCAAUUGGCUCCAAUUCAACACUACGAACCGACGAAAGAGGAAGAGGACCGAUACAUGCCAAUGGCCUUGGAGAUCCAGCGUGAGCUUUACGGUAUUUUGUUUUGUACCGAGAUGAGGUUCGCAGAAAUGGUGUGUGCCCUUGACACUUUCUUUUGGCCACCGCGAACAAUUCCCAGCAGUUCCCGUGCGCUCCGUUAUCGCAAGAACCACGAGCUACCACAGCCGGGGUCCUUAGAGGAAAUGUCAGAAUUCCAUUGGCGUCUCAUCAAGUGGUCUCGUCAGCGUUAUCGUCUGUAUCUGCCAGACCCAAUUGAGGAUAUCUUGACUUUCUCUACUCUCGAUCCGGCUCUCUAUACUCCCACCAAAGAGAAGCCGUACCAAGGGAUUUGGGUGGGGGACUAUUCGGCCCACGGAUGUGAGUUUCUACUUAUUGUUCAGAAAGAAGUAGCACCUCCACGAUCCGAGAAUGAAGAAUCCGAGGACGAUUGGAUGGACGAAUACUACUGGGACGACAGCGACGAAGAAGAGGUUCAGGCCAUGGAAACCCAUGAUGAUUACGAACCCGAUUCCCAGGAGAUCGUGCAACAGGGUCGAUUGGAGGCUAUCAAGUUGACAGGAGACCCUAAUGUUCCUCGUGGUCAAUAUUCCUUCGUCGCUAAAGACAUCGGUCCUAGUGGCCUGCUUCGAGUUGCCACGGAUGAACCAUUCGUCGGAGCGCGUAUCGUACGCUCCCGUGGUCAUGUAGCUGGACUUGGCUUUCACGACCAUACAUACGUCAAUGGCGAGUUGAUCCUGAUUUCUCCAGACUGCUUGGCUCAUUACUGGAAGGAAAUGGGUCACGUCUCCUACUACCACCGUGUGGAUAUUGACGAUCUAGUGAGCUUUUAG